AUGACUGCUUUCACGAUUUUAAUGUUGAUCUUCAGCACCAUGUAUAAAAUCCAACCUGAUAGACGCUGGGUUACAGCACAAUCCCUCACUGAGCCACCAGUUUAUCAGUCUGAUAAAGAGCUCACUGUGAAUAUCGGAGGCACGGCUACGUUGAGGUGUUGUGUUCCUGAAAAGGAAUUUGGGAUGCUGGCCCUGUUUAAGCAAAUCGACAGAAAAAAACCUCACACUAUCAUCAAGUUCUUUAGGAGUUCUGAAGAAAUGUUUUAUAACGGGCUCCAAAAGUCUCGUUUCCAAAUAGAACAAUCUUCAGACUGCUUCAAUAUGACCAUUUUAAACAUCCUGCAGUCUGAUGAAGCCAUGUAUUUCUGCGCACUAUUGAUGACACACACUCCCGUGUUUGGAGAUGGAACUUAUUUGAAAAUAAAAGGUGAGCAUGUUACUAUUUCAUCAGAAACAUCUAAACCAGCUCUGCAUGGAAACAACACUAACAUGAACACACAAGAUAAAACAGUGAUCUCUCUGGGAACGGCUUUGGGUUUGUGCGCACUUCUGAUUUUCUGCCUCACUUAUUACAUACUGAGGACAAGAAAGUUGGACACUUCUAUAGAAGAUUCUCCAGGAAUAAGACAGGAACCUGAAGCUGAAACACUGAAUUAUGCAGCUUUGCAGUUCUCCAAGAGGAAAGACAAAGCUGAAGAAAAAAGGAAUCCUGGCUCAUCAGAUGGGUGUGUGUACUCUGAUGUGAAGAAAUCUAUUGUAUGCCAAAAGAAAAUGGACGAAAUGGAGACCUAG